UUAGACCAAAACCAGUGGGACUGAAGGAAAUGAGUUACAUGAGCUCUGGAAUAAAAAUAAUAUGUUAUGUAUUUUGGGGUAUUUCUGAUUUUGAUGAUCAAUGGGUGAAGACGAGAAUAACCUACUUCUUGGUCAAAGAUUGGAGGCCAAUGUGGAGGUCAUUUGCUGCUGUCCAUGCAUGUGGGCAGGCCAGUAUGUGUAUGCUUGUAAAUGGGGGAUGGGGUUCAACAGGAAUUAGGUAAUAUUGACAUGGUUGGUUCAACCCCACCCUCCUAACACUACGGAGAUCAAUGUAUCAGAUCAAUAGAAGUCAUUGACAAUAACUGAACUUCUCAUGUGAUCAGUGAAGAAGAAAAUUUAGUAUUUUUCUGUGACAUGUGCCCCACAUGCUCAUUUAUCACUGUGAAGUUUCCGAAAUAGAAUAAAAGCAUGCACACACAAGAGAAUAAGAUCAUCCACAAAUGCACACAUGCAGAAAUUCAUGCACACACACAGCAGGGGGGGAAAAGGCUCUUUUUCUGACACGGCAUGAUUGGUCACUUUUUCCCUCUCUCUCCCUUCCUGCUGAAAUAGUUUUAACAAAAGAGAGGGAGAAGAAGGGGGAGGGGUGGCGUGGAUGGGGGGAGGGGAUGUAUGUGCUGCUCUUGUUGUCACUGGUCGAAGGGAGAGCAAGAGAGGGGGGGAGGGAGAUGAGAGCUGGAGGGCGAGUGAGGGAGUGUAGGAGAGAAGGAUAGGGUCCCAGAAGAGAGCACACACACAAUCAUACAAACACAUUCAUGCUGGCCCCGUUGUACUUUUUUUUAUUGGAAUGGUGGAUUACUUUCCAGACUGAACCACUCAUCAAGUCAAUCCAGGCAUGUUAAGGUCAGUGAAACAUUUUCUCACUCAUUGGAAUUGGUUACUGUCUCUGUAAAGCCUUAAUGACAAUGUUUCUGCUGCUUCUUGCACAUUCCUGUCAUUUUCCCUCCCCAUUUCUUCUGAUAUUGUAACACCCCCUUCCUAUUGUGGUUUUUUUGUGCUUAAAUUUUUUGAGAGUGGUUUAGUUUGUUCACCCUUUAGACUUCUUUACCACUGCCUCAUUAGUUUGUUCUUUUACUAUGUGUCAAUCCAGGUUACUCACUUAACCUCCUUUUCUACUCUCUCCUCAUUUUGUCCUCAUGUAUUGCACAUUAAAUAGGAUUGUGCCCUUGCUCUGCAGAGGGUUCAAAGUUCCUCUUGCUGUUGUGGCGUUAGUGGUAAUACACGGGGGCUUCAAAGAAUAAAAAACUUGACUCUGCUGGCUGCACAGUUUGGUGGUCAGAGGGCGAAAGACCUCUCUCUGUCAAGGCAUUUAGCAUUCAAACUCUGUUGAUAGGUCAACGACACACGUGUAGGUGUGUGACAACAUAAACAACCGUGUAAGAAAAAGUGAGAAUUUUAUACAGUUUUAAUGCAAGCAAGUCCAGAUAUUAUCUGCACAUGCAUAUACCAAACAACUUUAUCUGAUUUUCACAACUUUUGUCUCUGAUCCUGUUCUCGUCAGGUGGCAGAGUGCUGGAGUGGUGUUCAACUGUGGAAUGAGCCAUGGAGGGGUGCAGAAGGCCAUAACUAGCCAAGCCAGCAGCCUCAGGAGAAGCAGCAGCCCAGGGAGGCCCCGCAGUAUGCAGCUGAGCCCUUGCUAGCACCAAGUGGACCAAGUCCUCUCCUCUUUACUUGGGGGCCAGGGCUGCAGAAUGCUCAGUCCUGUCACCCCUUACAGUAAGUCUCUGAUUUUUCCAUAUGUGUACAUAUGCAAGUGGUUUGGGUCUAUUUUUCUAGCCAACUAGAAUAAUCUCAUCUGGGGUAGUUCAGGGAAAGCGAGGGGCUGGGGGUGUCUCCGACAAGUCAUUUUGAGGGAGCAGAUAUGCUAAUGGCUUUAACAGCUGAGUCUCCUUGGGCUUUGCAUUGAGGAGUUUAACAGAAAGUGUUCAAUCUGUUUUUGAAGCCUCUGCGAGUGAUUUUGGAAACAAUUUGUUUACACUGAAAGAAAUUAGCACAUAAUUGUCUGACUUGAUCAUGGAGCAGCAAAUUCAUAGUGAAAACUUGAUAAUUUAAGAGCAAAACACCGGAAAUCUUCAUUCACAAUGUCUGCAACAUGUGAUACUCUGCAUUUGAUGUGUUUUUUUAGAGUUGACAAAUGAUUUUGUUUGCUUGCACUACUCAACUGCGAAGGCAGUUAGAACAACCUACAUUUUAGUGAGACAUCACAGUGCAGUCCUCUCUUUGCUAAUCAUGAAAGGUUGCUGGUGAAUAUGCUAAUAUUGAUCAGAUGGGACAUUGGAAUAUUGGGAUAUUGACUUGACCAAGAUUUAACGGGAUUACAAACCUUAUUGGAAUAAAGGGACAGGGAUUCACAGGCUACUUAUUUUACUCCAAAAGAAAAAAAAAAGAAGAAGAAACAGAAAACUCGUGAGAAAGGGGGAGGUUUUAGAGCAGACAUAAGCUUCGGUAACAUAUGAAUGUCACAUUCCUGCCCCAAAAAAACUCAGAGAAGAACUCACAGUGUUGAACUCACAGAAAAUUUUACCACGUUAUUUUUAUUUAUUUAUAUUUGCACAAAAUCUAAAAGAAUUCUUGUCACUAUGUAAACAAAUUCCUGGCCAGGACUCCCUUGUAAAAGAGAUUCUGAAUCUCAAUGGGUUUAUUUCCUGGUUAAAUAAAGGUUACUAACUACUAACUAAAGUACGAUCCAAAUCACCCACACUGCGUAAUGAGCACUUACCACAACACGAUAGCUAAGUAUGAAGAUAGAAAUGACCCAUUUUGGACUACUACUAUUUGGACUAGUGAUUCUGUGAAUGAAAGCCAAAUCAUUAGUAUCCCAGUGUCAAGAGCUUCUCAUUAGUCCCACACAGAAGGACAAAUAAACAUUGCCCUUUGCCUCCACACACAUUGGUCCUCCACAGUCAUUAUGAAAGGUUGUUUAGGAAAUGCAAGUACAGGAUAGCUCCUUAUUAGGUGUUAUAGUAAAGACAUGCCACCAGUGGUAAAAUGAACAGAGACACAGAAAGAGCAAAGUGAAGGGCAGAUGGAGAGGACACAAGGAAGGACUGGUCAGCUGCAGCCUGAUAUAUGAGUGGACACAAUAAGCAAUGAGGGGCCAGGCCAGCCUCUGCCACAUGUGUGUAUGUGCGCGAGCUAAAGGAGUGGGGGAGGGGAAAACUGACCACACAGGCUCGGACACAUGGUCCUGUCUUUACUACAGCCCUGCCUGGGAGGCUCAGGGAAGAAUGAGCUGGAGCCAAAAGCAGAGUGGAAGACAAAAAUAAAAUGAGUGGAUAAGAAAAAAAAGCUAAACUGUUUGGAGUAACUUGUUUUUCAAGAGAUACAUUUAUAGUCAGUUGUUGUCUUUUUGGAUGAAAAGAUGAAUUCUGGCCGUGAACACAAUAUAAUUGGUUUGUGUAAAUGACGUGUUGGUUAGAGAGGUGUAAAACCUGAACCAGAUAUGGCACAGUAGUUGAUUGGUUGUCAGCAGCAUGGCCUGGUGGACUGUGCAGGCCUGGAGAAAAGGGGGGGAAGGAGAAGGGGGGAGAGGGAGGGUUUUCUCCACCUACACAUUGGCUUUAUGCUUAGUGUUUUGGACUAUGACCACUGCUUACAUAACAAUCCUGCCCUCAUUUAUAGUGGACAGAGAUAGCUUGAAUGCGUGUGUGCUAAGUCCAUUGUCCAUCCAAUCCUGAGAUGCUUCUUGCGUUCAUAUUGCCUACCCGAUUUCUUUUCUGAUGAACUAUGUAUUGAUCUUACAAGAAUGGGUGUGGAUUAGGUCUAACCAAUACAAAUCACCCAAUAAUGUGCAAACAGCUGAGAGGGUCAUUUAUCAGCACUGCAAGUGAGCAUGUUCACUCUGCUUGCUUUAGUCUGGGAGUGGACAGUGUGCGUUGUGAGUAUGGAGAGGAUAUGUGCUUUGUAAAUAGAUCUCAGGUUAGAUUCUUGGCAUUCCAGCAGUCUGACUCAUCAAAUAGAUCUUCUGCCUGCUGGCCAGCUAAAACUCAAUGCUUGUGCUGAAAGCACAGUAUGAGAGGGCCUGAGCGAGUGUUUGAAUGUGCAUGUUGGAGUGUUUCUGAGUGUCAACUCACCCUCAGGAAAUGUAAGUCUUUGUCUAUUGUGAGUGAACUCAAAGCACAGAGGACCUCUCAGCUCCAGGAGGGUGAUUUUUGGAUCCACUGCCCAUCCAGCCAACCUCUGAUACUCCACAACCCCCAAAUCCCAUUCCAGUCUGCCCCUUCCCCCACUAGUACUUUCAUCUAAUUAACCCCUAAUUACUUAUUCUGAUCAUGCAGUGGACCACGAGUGGAACCAGCCUCCAAUGGGAAAGAGAAAAUCCAUGACUUGCAUAUUCCUUGACAGACAGGACUGUCUGGAGAAUUUAAAGAGUUUACUAUGCAGCUGACUGAUAGUAAUGCAAAUUAAGAAGUAGAAAAUGUUAAAAGGCAAGAUCUUAAAAGCGAGUGAGAGAACUGGGAGAAUUAUAUUUGGUCUAUGGAUUCAUUAAAUGGGACAGACUGGUGUUUGCAACUCCUGACCUAUGCACCAACAGACAUGGCAGAGAUUUUAGUGAAUCAUAAGGACAUUUAGCAUCUACAUAAUAAAGAUCUUGCUCUAAGUAGGAGAACACCUUGCAUGCAACAUAUUGCUGAAAGAAUAUGUUGGCAUAAGUUUGUUCUUACUGCUUAUUCUCAUCUAUAUUUAUUGUUUUUCACUCUUACAUAUCCACUGCGGACACAAUCAAAUAUGUGUAGGAUUGUAAUCUUGAGUUCUUGAGUCCUCAUCCUCCUCUGUACUAAAGUGCUGCCUCUUAAGCCCUGUUCACACGUAGCUGGGUAUUUAUGUAAACAAAUAUCCAACCCCCUUCAUUUAGAAAAAAGUCAUGUACACACACAUCAUUGUUUUCAAAUAAAAUCCCAUCCACAGAAAACCGCCUAAAUGCGCUAUUGACUGCGGUUAUAAGCAUGCCAGACCUGAAGUUGGUAGUAUUUGCCAAAAAGUUAGACCCAUUCUAUCCGAUCAGAUCAAGCUUCUCUUUCUCGUUGUCACUUCCCCAAACAUGAAACAUAAUGCUGUGUAGUACGUUCGUUCGUAUGUGUGGACCGACAAAGAGGUGGAAUAGCUUUUAAGCAUCGUUUUGGAGUGUAAAGUCAACAAGACACAAGAAAGGUGGAGGAAGUGUUAUUCGCUGUAGAAUAACCGACUGCAAAGCAAACCGACUUUGCUCCUCACAAAAAUACAUAUUUUGCAUCUGUGCUGUCGACUGCCUGACAUAAACAAGGGGGGGGGGGGCAUAGUAUAUGAAGCUAAUCUAUUAGUUGUCGCGGACAAUGAUGUUUGGGAAUUUAAAACUCUGGUUAUCUAUGUCCACAAACACAAAACCAGAGUUUUCCGAAAUCCUCACUUUGGCCGGAGUUUUCCGAAAGUUUAAAAUUAUGUAAUCCUGUGGUUCCAUGUGGGUGGUAGGCCAAAAUGUAUAAAAAUAUAUUUGUUUAAACAAAUACUCAGCAACGUGUGGACAAGACAUGAAUUACACCAAGAAGAGUGCCUCCAGUAGAAAAAAACCUGCCCCAAACAUAGAGUAUAUAAAACAUGGACACAGUCUCUGUCAUGUCACCAAUUAGUGACCAAUCUAACUUUCAGUCAACCUAGACAAGAGGCAAAAUGGUGGAGUUCAGGCAAAUUGCUACAAUGCACCAGCCUGUCAGUCAAGUCAGCUGAUCAUGCAAAAUGGUGGGCAGAGUGAGGAAUGACAAUGCAGUAAAGGGACCACGGGUUGAAAACCGAUGCAUGCCACCCAUUGCCAAGAUUAAAGUCUUUCUAUAUGAGGAGUAUUUUCUAUCCUCUAGGCCAAGACACCCCUCCCCCCCCCCUGCCCCCACCAAAAAAACAAAAAAAUCAAAACCUUGUUCACAUUGUAACAGUCAUUUAGGUUAGAGUACCGUAGGAUCUCCUUGGCUUUUGGAGCCAGCCUCCUCUAGACAGUCUAGGGAGGAUGGUUUUCUGUACUACCACAUCAUGGACUUUAUUUCUCAAGAUCAGUGGUUGCAGCUUAGUCUGACAAUCUCUUGCUUUCUGUUUUCUGGGUGAAGGGGCAUGUCAAGGCAAUGUCAUGACCCACUUCUUGAACACAAUGAAGAAUUAAAAAAUAAAAAUCGCCUUACUUGCUAGUGCUGGGACAAAUUACUGCACACAUAUGAUGGAGUUGUAAAUCUUGCUUUUUUAAGAAGCUUACCAGCAGUGGGUGGAUGUUUCUUUUGGUUCCUAAAGAAGUUGCUGCAGAUCAAAGGUGUAUGAUCAGUGGAUACAGUAAUUUUGUUGAUUAUGCCGCUUUAGAUUUGGGCUCAUCCUUCUGAACUUGUUCUGCUAUGUCCUCUCGUGCUCUGAAAUGGCACUGCCAUCCGCAAUCAAAAUGUUGAAGUUUUUUUUUAUUAAUAUCACAGAUUACUUAUUUUUGAGACCUUGCAAUACUUUUCUUUAAGCUUUCUUAGCUAAUAGCAACAGGCAGUACCUAAAAAAGAUAGGGCUGCUUUGGUUAUCAGAGUAGUGUUGGGGACAAGUUCCUUACCUCUAGUUUUGUUUUUGGGGAAUAAUUUAUAUAUCUCUCUCUUGGUGGGUUUUGAAGUUUUUCACAUUUAUGAACACGCAAUGGUCACAUUCUGAUCAAUGAUAGCACUGACCAAAAUGUCUAACCAGUACCAAAAGGUUGUGAAGAGACAGGUUUUCGCAGAAUUAAAGGGAAAUAUGCUAACCUAAGACUAAAUGCAGGUAACAAAACAGAAAACUAGCAGAACAGGCAAACAAGUUGAAGCAAGUCCAUCACACCUGUCCAAUAUUUACACUUGAAAUAGUUGUUUGAGUUUGGUGCUAGUCUCAAUGCAGAUGAAAGUCCUUCAUAAGAAGUAACCUUUCAAAUUGUGUGCCAAAUUUUAUGAAACUGAGAGUGUCUUUAGAUUUCCAGUGACAUUGAUCAGUCUGUACAAAAUUUUAGGCUUGUAACCAACAUACUGUGAGUCAGAAAAAUGAAGGAACAGGAACAGAGAAGUUCUUUUUUUUUUUUUUUGUCCAACAGCCGACACAAGACAAGUGGUCUUACAUGGUCUUCAUCCAGGUUUCUCAUGUUCUCAGUUCUAUAAUAUGUCUAGAAAUUAGACGGCUGUUGGAACGAGAAGAAACACUAGUGCUAGUCAUUAAUAUGAUGAUCACAGUGUCUAAAGGAUGCUGUCAUAGCACCAAGUCAGCUUAGUACUCAUUUUUGCCUCUUGGAGAGACAAGCUUUGCGAAGUAUGGAUGGAGGCUCCCAAGCCCCAAGCCAACAUGAGGUGCUAGAUUAGGGUUAGGGGCUCCCUCGCUCAUCCCUCCUAAUGCCUAACCCACUCCCUAAUAUCUCCUCAAAAACAAUGAUGUCUGAUAAAACAGCACUCAUGAACAAUAGGAGGUUUUAAUUUAAUGCUUAAGGCCCCAUUAACCUUAAAAAGAAGAAAAUUGUUGUACCAAGUUUGAUUUAAAAAAACGGUCUCUCAGACUGUUAAACUGUCCAAAUAAAUCCAAGUAAUUUGACCACUUUUUGAUGCCUUUAUCCAUGGACAUUUUAGACACAUUUACCAGCAUCUUUAUGGGUUUUAAGCACAUUAGUAUAUUUGUUUACUCUCUGCAUGUUGUGCCAUGAGGGAUCCUUUUUUUAUUUAUGCAACACACAUAUUAAGUAAAUAACAAGUAGUAAGGUCACUUAGUUUAAAGUCAUUCAGAAUUUGAAUCAUUGAAAAUUAUGGGUUUUUAUUAGCAGGGUAAAUCCUAUCUCACAGAAGGUAAAAUUUAAACUUUUGUCGUGAUAAUAACUGUUUGAAGAUAACUAAAUGCACAUCAUUGGCCAUCUGAUAAUACAAGAGUAUGUAUUCACUUCUUGUAGAUACAAAAAGUCUGGUCAACAUGGGUUGUGAAGCAUCCCCAAGGAGUAAACCUUUCAUCUAAGUUUCAAGCUUACCACAAGGAUAAGAGCUAAGCUUACCAGUGGUUAUGUGUCUUUAAUUCUAGUCCAUGCCUGUCAGAUUGUCACCAAGCUCUGACACUCUUAUAAGCCCUCUGUGAUCUAAUCCUUCAUUAGUCUGGUUUCCACGGUCUGGUCACCAAACCAUCUAGACCCUACAUUUGGUUUGUGGAUUGUCUGAUCCCUAAGUGGUCCUUGUUUUUGCUCUAUUUUUCACACUGAUCGGUUGAAUAACAAUGAGAAUUCAACACACAGCAGUAUAGUCUGGUUAGAUAUCAUGGAUAAACCGAAGCCCCUUUGGUGAGGAGAGGGCACGAGUAGGGGAUUAAAUUGCAGUAAACGAACGGCUUGUGCCUGCAACCAACAUGACCAGUGAGUAAUGCUUGGGGAGCCUGUAUGUGCGUUUGUCAUGGUUGAUCCCUAGAUUUGAUGUAGAAUGACGUCAAGUUGACAGUGAAGAGGUCUUUAUUUUGAAACAGGGUCAUUUCAUUUUAUAAUGGAACUUGUCCACUCCCAUAAGGUUAAGGAGAGGGAGGCAGUAAAUGAAAAGAAAAAAAACAACAUUUAAUAUUUACUUCCAAUGUGAGCUCCGGGCAACUGUUAUAGUUGAAUAUAGGUGUUGUGUCACCUUUGAGGUGAUCUGCAUUUACAGAUUAUGUAGAAAUGCUGCAUCAGGAAGCAUUUGGCAGGGGAUUCUUGUUGGGCACAUUACAGUCUGUGAUUGUAGUCUCAAUGUUUCAUAUAUAGGUGAUUUAGCAGGUAUUGAAUACAAACACAACAUUAGUUUGAAUAGGGGAAGAGAAACAUUGUUAUGCAAUCCUAAUACCCAGUGGCAUUUCUGUAAUGAUCAUUAGCUCAUAUCAAUCUCUAGAACAGUUUUGCACACAUUCCUCUCAAAUUAAAGUCUGAUCUCACCCUUAAAGUACAAAUCAAAAUGCAAACAAUGAUGAGAUAAAAAAAUUUUGUCCAGCAUUGUUCGUUAAUGAUAACGGAUGGGUUGCAAGUUGAACUACAAUGUUACCCAAAGUAUUCAGUUACAUCAAGAUUUUUUUGCUGUGUGCCCUGAACAAAUACAGACUGAUGAAUACAAAAUGUUGCUAUGAGCCCACAUUUGUACUUCCAGUAAACAUUUGUUUCCAGUCUCUUCUCUUUCCCUCUUGUGUAGUGCUGAUAAGAAAUGUGCAUAUUGGUUUUGGUCGACAACAAAGGAUGAGCAAUCUGUUCAAAGAUGUCAAGGUGGCUUGUUUUCAAGUCAGUUUUAUUUUAUCCCUCCUAGAAUUUUAGCAGAGCUUUAAGGGUCAAAGCUUAACAUUGCUGACUCAGAGCAUUUAAUCUGAGUGAAGAGAUAUUACUACCAACGUCUUUAUCGUAGGGGCUGCUGGUAAGGGGCCUAUCCCGACCCUAAAAUCAACCCAGACCCAGGGACAGGUCUUUUCAUCUAGGCACAUUCAGUAAAUUUAUAAGUUAAUUUCCUCUUGUGGGGCUAAUAAAGGAUCUGAUCUAUCUAAUACAAAAGCAACUUUCAUUAGUUAAAGUUAGGUAUUUUCCAAGGUAAUAGUAUGACUUGUUUAGAUUCUAACAAGGAAUACCCAUACUGUGUCUUUUGGAUGGUUUUUAGUGCAUCUCUGGUACUUGGUUAGUUGAAACAGAUUCUGUUUAUUCAUUUCUGUUAUCUUAUUUUGUGAGACUACUGUGUGCACUGACUGGUCAGAAUUCCCAGACAGCAGGAUGAGUUUCUCAGACCCAAGGUAGAGCUUAUGCUGGUCAGGAACACUGCAAUCCCUGGAUUGGAUGAGUGGGAUUAUUGAGCUGAAGGAUCAUUUAAUUUAGGGAUCAACAUGUGGACCGUGUGAGACCCAUCUGGUGGUCCUGGAUAACAUGUGACACCACCAUGCAUGGUCUACAAGUAGAAUGUUCCAGCUGAAACAUGGAAGUGGUUGUGCUUGGGUAUGAAACAAUUAAAAAACUAAACAAAAAAAAACUCUGCACUGCUGAACCACAUUUAUAACAUUUUUUAAAAUGUUAAACCAAACCUAAUCCUUCGAACAUUGAGACUAAUGUUGGCAUGAAAACUGGCAAAAGUAUGUCUGAUAUUGUAAGACAGGAAAUCAAUUGACAAAUGUGUUCCUUAAGCACAAUCAUCUAUGGCACAUGUCAUUAUGUGCCAUAUUUUCUGAUUUGGAUUGAGAUUUUCACAGAGCAGAUACAGAUAAUACAUUAAAUGAAUUAUAUAUCCUCCUCCACAAUAAACUUGUGUUCUGUUGUAAUAUAAUGCCAUUUUUAUUGAUCACACAAUCAAGAGCAUGUUACAGGGGCAUGUUUGUCCACCUCUGUUCAUGAAAGUGAGUUAGUGGCUUCUUCCUCUGUCCACAGCUAUUGUAGGGAAGCCCCUCUGGCCCAGGCUUGGGGUCAGGACAGUUUAAUAAUACUCUGAAAUGCCUGGAAUGUCAGCCUAAUGCCUGUUCAAAAAGACAAGGCCAGCAAAAGCCAAUCAAAGCCCUCAACCGCUAAACCAGAGGAUUAGUUUGUUUAUGUAAAUGUACAUGGCACAUGAAAACCAGCCUUUCUUUAACACUCAGUUAAUAUUUACAAUUGAUACAGUGUGCAUAGAUGUACUCAAAGUUCCCUUUGUUGCAUGAGCAAAAACUACUGGUCAUUCCCUACCUAACCCCCCUCCCCUCUGUCCACCAGACCCCUGAGGUUUGGGCCGAAUUAGAUCACACGCUUGGUGGGGGUGGCUUUGUGGACUCAGAGUCACUGAGAGACAACAAUGGCCUCAAUGUGAGAGAAGCAAAGGCAGCAGGCAGUGCGCAGGCUGAUAGAGGCUUAUCACCGUGGAGACCAGGCUGGGGGUUAUGUUGCUAGCUUCACAUAAAGAUUAAAACAGUUGUCCCCUGCCUGGAUGAGACUUUGUAGAAUAGCAUGGGCUAAGUAUUGACAUGAUUCUGGAAAAGACUCAGUUAGCCAAGGCGAUUAUGAGGGCAGAUACUCCCAAAGGUCAUAAUCUUUGUUUGCCAUUGAGUUGUGAGAGAAAGAAUUCCUCAAAUUGUGUAUCUAUAUGAUUAUCUAUAUCCCUCAAAUUAUAAUGCUAAAAUUACUUAUUUUAAACAUUUGAGACAUGAUGUUUGUUCAGAUAGUCCUAAUUUGUUAUUGUCUCUGUCAGGUCUGUUGAAGAUGCACUGGUCUCCGGAGCACGCAGCGCCCUUAUCUCAGUGGCCUGAGCAGCACCUAGAUGUCACCUCUACCACCUCGCCGCCAUCUGCCCACAAACAUGAUCCCUAUUCUACAGUUGCUCGCCGCAGCUAUGCCCCAACAGGUUAUCCAUGGGCCAGUGAUGACAUAUCAGCCCUUACUGCUUCUUCUCUGCUCAAACGCUAUGCUGAGAAGUACUCAGGCUUGGAGUUGUCCUAUGAUCGCCCAACUUCAGGGGCUUACCCAGAGCCUGGGACUUUCUUAAAAACUGAAUCCGAGCCCUGGACUCUAGGUCAAGGCAUUGAGUGUUACCCUGGACUGGAGGCACUAACAGGCACCAAGGUGGGCACAGCUUCUGUGGGCAUCCCAGCUACAGGAAGUGUGACAGUGGUGAGCAGUAACCUGACAACUGAGCCAGGCUACAGUGGUGCAGGCUCCUGCAGUACCCCGUCAUCUCAGGAAUACCCUCCUGCCUAUAACACCACCUACCUGUCCUCAGGUUACUGCCCUCAGCCAAGUGCAGCACUUCCGCCUGCCUCUCUGCACUCUUUACAGGCUGCUCCCACUCUAGUGCCCAGCUACAGCGCAAACACCCCUGUCUACAACUAUCCUCCAGGGUGCUACCCCCAGACCAGCCUAUCUACUGGAUACAGUCACCCCAGUGCCUCCUAUCUCCCCUCUGGGAUCAGUGCACCUGCUCCUCUGGCCCCAAGGCCUACCAUGGUGGGGGGCAGUUACAGCUACCCAUCUCACAGCCUUGGAGGGGGCUCUGAGGCAGGGGCGCCAAUGAAACGCAAGGCCUUUGAGAUGGCAGAGGAAGGACAGGAAGGAACAGAAGUGGAGGGAUCACGCUACAGAAAGUAUGGUAAUGGCCACGGAAACAGUCAUAGCAAAGGCAACGGAACUGGCAAUGGCUUUGAUACAAGUGGCUCUGCCUCAGACCCACAGUCCUUCAAACCUGGGAAGCCCCUGAUGUCACCUCCCUAUGGAGGGGCAAGAGAUUACAGCCCUCCAUCAGGCCUAGCUGGAGAAAGUAUAUCAGAUCACAACUUUCCCCAGCAACAGAGAAUGUCAAUGAAGAUACCUCCAGCACACACACGGUCUGAGGACGCCAGCGGAGGCCGCUGACGACUGACUGGCAAUUGUGAGGAUUCUCCCACUCUUGAAACCAACCAGGGUUCCUAAUCAAGACGAACUUGUGGCAAUAAUAUGGAUCUGUCAAUGCAAAGAUUAAUUUUACUAGUGAACACAAGGGGGCACAAUGCAGUUCUUUUUUUCUUGUGCAUUUUUAACAUUUUAAUAAUUCAUGUUUUUCCAAAGAUUCAGAGGAGCAUUGUGCCCUUUAAGCUUGAGGUAAGUCUUAGGGGUGAGAUUAAGGCAUUCUGUACAUAAGCGGCACUCAGACUGUCUGAAUGGAUGAAUGCCAGUUUCUCUCAGGAUCCUAUUUAUUUCCUUUCUGCUACUGUGGAAGCAGCGCUGCAACAAUGCUGUUCCAGAAGCUGGUGUAAUUUUUUGUGGCCAAUAUGUUUGUUUAAGGCCUUUGACUGCAAUAUUAUCUAUCACACCACAAAAAUCAUUUCUGACCAAAAAUAUGCAGAGCAAUAACUGACUUAUUGAGACAGCCACUACUUGAGCACAAUCACUGCGACUUCACACAGCUGAUUCCAAGGCUGGUGUUUGGCCACUUUGGGAAUGAUGUGUACCCUACUCAGCCAACACUUCCCCCCGCCUUUACGUCUGCUUUGUAUUUAGUUUCUUUAUCCCCUUUGUUUCGUGUUCUUUAUCUUAUACUAUCAAGGUGUUUUGCUUCUUGUUCUCAACUUUUUUUUUUGAUAAAAGUUCAAAACUGAACAACUUUUUUGCCCAGUUUACACAUACCAAGCUGCUAAUCUCAUCAAUUUAAAACAUAGCAUCCAUGAAGCCGCCCUAAAUUGUUUUAACGAAUGAAAAGAGUGAGGAAUGGUCUACGAUUUUUUUGGCUCGAUUAAUAAUGUUAUUAGAAGUAGUUCAAAUGUAUUGUUUACAUAGACUUCUGCUGAUCCAAAAACAAAGUAUGCUUUCUCCAAAAAAAAUCUGCUACUGGUCCAGGUCCAACUUUUGCCUUGUCAGAUAUGAUCAACAAGUUAGAACUGAUUGUUCACCACACAAAUCAACAAAAUUACCAAAAAUAAAGGACACAUAUAUCUGCAUGGAAAUACUCACUCAAAUAACUGCAUUAGCCAGAUUGUUACCUCUGUCAGAUGCACAACCCAGACUAAAAGGCAAGCAGUUUGCAGUGGAGUAUACAGCUUAUGAAGAUAUGGUUGCUUGUCUCAUAGAUUUUACUUGUUUUUAAUAUGCAUUCUCUUUGCUUUUGCCUCUUUAAGUGAGAUAAAUAGUUGUGUUAUUAAAUACUCAGGAAGAAUAUUGUUACCUCAGAAUGAUUUAAAAAAAAGAAUGUAUGUUAUUACCUUAGGGUGUUUGUGGGGAGCUUUAUGGAGCAAGAUGAAAAUGGAGCCAUGGCUUUACUUAGAGCAAAACAUACUCUGAUCAGUGCAGGGAACCAAUAAACUUACAAGGCCUUUGAGAAAAAUGACAGACUUAGCACACAUACACACACACACGUAUACUUGCAAAGAAGCACGCGCACACACUCAAACACACACAUAAACACACACUUCACACUUCUUAGCUCUGGGGAAAUAAACUUGAGGUUUUUGUACUAAGGCCUGAAAUGUUGAAUGUAAUUCAGAUAUUUUUUUAAAAGGACAAUACAUGCCAUAAUGUACAUCAAUGAUGUUUUUAGAUAUAUGAAACAUAUUUUCUUCAUGUAUAGAUGUAUUUCUCUGGUAGGUUUUGGUGGAGAAAUGCAUGACAUGUUAAGUGUUAGUGUAGAUAGUGGGGAAGAGGUUUUGUGAACAAACUGUCAAAGCACUCCUAUUAAACAACUUCUGACAUAUCAAGAUGUACACACACAAAUUACAGUUCAUGCUCUAUCAUAGGUUUGCUUAUUGAAUGUCUUAAUAGUUUGCAACUUCCCUCCGUAUCAGUAUUUUAAAUCCAUCUGACCCAAUGCCACGAUACCUCAGCUUGGAGUUGGCCCUGACCUGACUUGAUGACACAAAGAAGGAAGAUGUCAACAUUAAACAUGUGCACAGUCACAAAAUAUGAAUAGUUAAAACUCUGAAUUUCCCAUCAUAAGUUGUGCCAUACAAAUAAACUUAUGUGAAAUAGCCUUUUGGGAACUAAAAUCACCAAAAAUAUUUGCAUAAAAUCUUGCCCAAAGAGCAAAUCCUUUUUAGUAGUUAGCUUUAGACUGAAAAGAUGAUUUGGUUUUCAUCUGGAAUACUCUGUGAUUCAAAACUAUAUCAAUGCCUCAUUUGGAAAAUUAAGCACAUUCAUACAAUUAGAUAUACUAAGAAUGUAGCCGAGUGUGAAAACACCAUUAAAAAAACAAUCUGAAGAACAAAUACUGAUUAAUAAAUCGGACUUUGGCGAGUAACAAUGUACUCUUACCCCCAGAUGUUCAAAGUAUUUAAGCGCUUAGCUUCAACAAUUGAAUGCUCUUCAAUGCUGCACAAAAAGGUGCUCUAUAUUAAAUAUUUGGCUUCAAAGAGUAGUGUUAGUAUUUGAUGUUACUCUGAUUCAAUAAACUCUGUGGGGUUGAGCUUGUCCAACAGAUGGAAAGUGGAAUUUCAGUGUUAACUUUGUCAUUACUUGUCCUUUUCUUUUUUCGUGUACAUUCUCUGUAACCAAUUCUACCUCAUUUUGAAGACAUUGUACAUGGAAAUAUUUAUUUCAUGUCAUUUCACAUGCCGGUUUAAGAGCAAUGUUUCUAAUUCUUGACCUGCUAUAGUCUACCUCACUAAAGGUUGUUGUGUCAUGGAAAUGAAGAUAUCACCAAAAACAAAACCUGACUUUGUGUUUUUGUCUUUUGAAAUUCAAAAAAAUCUUUGAGUGCAUGAAUUAUUCCCUCAAAAUAUUACUGUCUGGACAGCGGAGGACAUGCGCCAGCUUGAGACAGGUCUGAAACCUUUGUGCUCCCAUACAUGGUCAACAUAACCCUGCUGCCACAUGUAAGUAUCCAACAUCAAAAAACCCUUCUUUGCUCAAACCUGAUGUCAGCAAACAUAUUUAACUCUAUUGGCUAGUAUAUCUUAUGUUUCCGUAAUUUAGGCAAACUUAACCACAUCCUUGACACCAGCCAUCCUAAAUAAUACUUUCUGUCAAGCAUAAUUAAACAUCAGACAUAGAUUUAGUUCUCAAUAUGAGCUGGCUAAGUGAAAUUCAGUUUUCAUCUGCGGCAGUUGUUUUAACAGUGAGGCAGUAAUGACCAAACUUAAGAGUGGAAUAUAAAAGAAGAAAAUGUUUAGAAGGGAACAAUGUUGAAUAAAAAAUGGAAUUAUUAAAUAUCAUUUUUUUGACCCAUGAAAUGCUGUUUUAAGAUUGAUUUUUCACUCAAACAGCUGACUUGGUGCCUAACACAUGUGCAACAGUGACACCUACAGGGCUAAUAAAAAAGCAUGGAAUAUUUUGUGUCUAAACAAAUGUAACCUUAUACCCAUGUCCACUCUCCUUGUCCACACUUCAACUCUCUUAAAUAUUUCAGGAUCUUACCCAGUGGUGAUAUUGAGCAGCAGUCUGGUUUGCAGGACUCUGUCUUUCAGACUGAGAAGUAACUUCAGUGUAUGGAUGGGUGAGACGAUUAGUCCUGUGAAACAAUGCAGUUGUCUUUGUUUAUCAUUGUCCCAGAGGCCAACUUGAAUAAACAAUUUUUAGGGCUAGAUUUGGAAGAAGAAAGGCAGCAGCAAAUGAUAUAUAGAGACCUCUCAGAUUAGUCAACACAGAAACAUCUUAAAUUAAGCCAAAAGGUGACAAGCAGAACCCCAAUUACAGUUUCUUUCAUAAAUUCUGAUUGUAAAUUAUACUUUAAUCUGUAAAGGAUCACUUAAGACAGCUGAACAACCCACCAUAUUUCAGAAACUAACCAUGCAUUGUGUAUCUAGCUGAGAAACUAAGAAGUUACUAGUGGUCAUAGUCAUUUUAAUUUAUAGGAUUAGAUUUGAGCUUGUGGAAAUACUUCAUCAAAGACUCUUAGGAGGGACUGCAGAAGGGGCACUCAAGAAAAUUUACUCGAGAACUACUGCAGGCCAAAUUAAUCAAUAUCAAGUGAGAGAUGACAAGAUGAACUUCUACACCACCCCAGCCAUAACAUUAUGAACACCUGGGCGAUUUAAUGCAACUAGAUACAGCAGCUCUACCAUGAGACCUGUUUCGACAGAGCUUCUACAUACACUCACCGGCCACUUUAUUAGGUACACCUGUCCAACUGCUCGUUAACACUUAAUUUCUAAUCAGCCAAUCACAUGGCGGCAACUUAGUGCAUUUAGGCAUGUAGACAUGGUCAAGACAAUCUCCUGCAGUUCAAACUGAGCAUCAGUAUGGGGAAGAAAGGUGAUUUGAGUGACUUUGAACGUGGCAUGGUUGUUGGUGCCAGAAGGGCUGGUCUGAGUAUUUCAGAAACUGCUGAUCUACUGGGAUUUUCACGCACAACCAUCUCUAGGGUUUACAGAGAAUGGUCCGAAAAAGAAAAAAUAUCCAGUGAGCGGCAGUUCUGUGGGCGGAAAUGCCUUGUUGAUGCCAGAGGUCAGAGGAGAAUGGCCAGACUGGUUCGAGCUGAUAGAAAGGCAACAGUGACUCAAAUAACCACCCGUUACAACCAAGGUAGGCAGAAGAGCAUCUCUGAACGCACAGUACGUCGAACUUUGAGGCAGAUGGGCUACAGCAGCAGAAGACCACACCGGGUGCCACUCCUUUCAGCUAAGAACAGGAAACUGAGGCUACAAUUUGCACAAGCUCAUCGAAAUUGGACAAUAGAAGAUUGGAAAAACGUUGCCUGGUCUGAUGAGUCUCGAUUUCUGCUGCGACAUUCGGAUGGUAGGGUCAGAAUUUGGCGUCAACAACAUGAAAGCAUGGAUCCAUCCUGCCUUGUAUCAACGGUUCAGGCUGGUGGUGGUGGUGUAAUGGUGUGGGGAAUAUUUUCUUGGCACUCUUUGGGCCCCUUGGUACCAAUUGAGCAUCGUUGCAACGCCACAGCCUACCUGAGUAUUGUUGCUGACCAUGUCCAUCCCUUUAUGACCACAAUGUACCCAACUUCUGAUGGCUACUUUCAGCAGGAUAAUGCGCCAUGUCAUAAAGCUGGAAUCAUCUCAGACUGGUUUCUUGAACAUGACAAUGAGUUCACUGUACUCAAAUGGCCUCCACAGUCACCAGAUCUCAAUCCAAUAGAGCAUCUUUGGGAUGUGGUGGAACGGGAGAUUCGCAUCAUGGAUGUGCGGCCGACAAAUCUGCGGCAACUGUGUGAUGCCAUCAUGUCAAUAUGGACCAAGCUCUCUGAGGAAUGCUUCCAGCACCUUGUUGAAUCUAUGCCACGAAGAAUUGAGGCAGUUCUGAAGGCAAAAGGGGGUCCAAGCCGUUUCUAGCAUGGUGUACCUAAUAAAGUGGCCGGUGAGUGUAUUGUGAUAAUUGUUUUUAAAAUUAAAUGCUGUUUUGGGUGUUGAUGUAGUAAUGUGCAUCAAAUUGAAGGGGUUCCUAAUAUUUUGUUGGCAAAGAGGGAUAAAUGUGAAGAAAACUUAAAUAUUACAAAUUUUAGAAGGCCACACUCGACACCAUCAACCACUAGGUCCACCAGGGAAAAAAAAUGACCUGGUCUUAUCUUAUAAUUUCUUCCAGUAGAAUUAAGUAAAAGGGAAUUCUCAAUGUCCCUUCGAGAACAAAUAAAGGUUUGAACUGAAGCAGAGCCGUUGGAGGAGUCGUCCAUGUUAGCUGAAGCUAAAGCUAAUACCUGCGUCAACAUAGGUACUCCACAGUCUGAGCUGGGGGAACCUGUGACCAUGUGGUCCACAAUUAUAGUUUAAAAACACACAAAUUGUAGAAAACUCGUUAAAGAUUUUGAAACCUAUUUUGAAAAACCGUGAGUUGCAGCCCUCCUUUUGACGCGGCCAUUUCAAACCACUCGAGGCCAGUGGUUUGAAACGGACUAACAGCAGGUGAACUGUGAGGGUUGAUUAUGGCGAUUCAACUGUAACUUUGGGAUUUUAUGGUGGUCUUGCUAGUGAAAUUAUGCUGGCCAGGAGACGUUUGCUAAGGUAGGUCCACAUACUCAAAGCUAGCAGUCGGGGCCCAUAGGCCUGUGUAGGUAAGGUGAACCCUUAGCUAUAGAGUAGAGCUUCAGCAGGAUGGUUGCCCUCAAACUUGUCUUCUAGGCAGACCAGUGGUUUUUAUCAUAUUUUUGGGGGGUUAUCAUUAAAUUACCUAAAAGAUAUUAUUUAUUUUUUUACACUGUGCUUAGAUCACCUGAAUAAUCAUACUUUUUUCCUGUGCUUCUUCAUGCCUCCCAGGUGCUAUCUUGGAAGAUAGAAGAUUUAUCAUAUUUUUAACACUUAAUGGUUUAGCAUUAUUAGUUAGGAGACACUUGAAAAAUAACUUUAGUCGUCAGCAUCAACUGAUAGCUACAUAGUUGGAUUAUUUGAGUUUUUUUUUUUAAUGUUUUAUUUAUUUCAUGGGAACGGGAACACAAACUUAUAGCUGUCGAUAUUUUUCAAUGUUACUUAAAGUUGUUGUUGAGGAACAUUUGGUUUGUGUCAAUUUUGGUGCCCUCUAUGGCUAAAGUUGUAUAUCUUAUCCCCACCGAUUCUGUACUGUUAAUGGAAAAGUACAAUUUUCUAUUAAAAAAAAAUGUUAUCUUUUUUUAACACUCAUAUGUGUCACUCAUUGUGAAUAUUUGGUGUUUAUAAUGCAAAGAAAGACUAUGUUUUAAGGUGCCAACCAUCUGGUCCAACAUCUAUAAUAUAAUUAUAAUAUUUUUCUAACUGCCCCAAUAUCUCUAACCAUUCUUAUGCUACUGAGAAUUAAUUUCCACCACCACACCACUCAAACUAAUUUAACAAACCAAUACUGUCUUUGUAACCAUAAGUGACACAGCUGUCAGGAGUUAUUGCCAUCAGAUUCCACCAGAGGGUGUUAGAUAGCUGCAGAAAGCAGUUUAAGGUCCUUUACUGUCUACUUCUGCAGAAAGGUUUAUAAUAAUAAACAGAAACAGAUCUCUACAGGCAUUAGAGAGCUGUAAGAGCAUGAGGGGCGUAUUUCUGUCACAUUUUAUACCAUUAUCUAAAUGAAAUGGAUCAAAGUAAUUUCCUGCCCGUGUUGUCAACAGACGAUUUGUCAAAAAAGGACAAAAUGUUGCCAUACUCUGUAAAAAAUAUUAAUCUGUAAAACAAUAAUGUCAGAAAAAUUCUAUGAAAACUAUUAUUGAUCUUGGAACAAAAUUUGAUCUGUGCACCUUGUUUAAUGGACAAUGGAAGUGACUUGGCAAAGAAAAAAAAACUGUGAAUCACAGCUUCACCCAAUAUUUAGUGCAUCAAUAUAGUUUGCAUGUUAUUGACUCCUUAAAGACAUAAUAUUUCCUUAUCUCUUUCUAAUUAUCACACACACCAUCAUUUCCUUUCGCUGUUCUUUUCUCCUUUACAUAAAACUGACCCACCACAGACAUCUCUAACAGAUCCUGCCAAUCUGAGCCCCACCUCUGCCACAAAUUAGAUCUGAUGCAAGAAAUAGAAGCAAAUGAUUAAAAAACAAUGCAACAUACAGACAUUUGCUAUCAGUGCUUGAGACAGACACGUGUUCAUAAAUAAAGAUAAAAUUAAAGUUGUUGUUUUAUCAUUUUAGUUUUUAACAAAUACAUAAAAGCUGUUCAAGUUUUCCUAAUCAAUCCAAUAUCAGUGGUUAUGUUACAAUAGUAAAAUUCAUACUUUUUGUUCACUCAGUAAAUGACACAGCAACAAACAAUACAAAGUAAAUGGUGCAACCUUAGCAUGCAACACUGCAGCAAAGAGGAGAGGGAUAAAUCCACAACUGCAGACUGUUUUAUUUGGAUUGUGUGCCUCUGUUCAUGGUUUCUUUUACUUCUCAUGUUCUUGCUCCAGUCGGUCUUCCCUCUGCUUGCUUGCUGUGGAUAACGAGGUGCUACUCAGUGCACUGUACAGUCUGAGCCUAUUGGGAACAUGCUGCUGACUCAGCCCAGGCCACUGCAUUCAUCUAUCUGCACUGCAGUGCUGUCUCUGCCUGCCUACCCCCCCCCCCCCCCCCCCCUUCAGUGCGCCACCUUACGCACACACAAAGGAGGGGGAAGCAGGAGAAACACACAUGCAUGCACACACAGCUGCUUUUACAGCCAUUUCAGUGCUGUUGCACCAUGACACACCCAACUUCAA